ACAAUCCCAUAAGAAAACGCUUUGUUAGCCCCCCCCCCUUUAACGUUAGCUUGCUACCGGUCCGUUUGCUAUCUGAUCCAGCUAACUGGGUAGUUAGCCGGUAUGAGAACAUAACCUCUUAAAUGGGGGAUAAGCUCUGGUCUUCUUGGCCCCUUGCAGUGUAGGAACUUGUAAGAUUAGUUUAGCAAGAGAAUAAACAUUAACUUAACGCUAACACUAAUCCAGCUAGCUGCCUUUUGUCAUUAUUUCCUGUUACAGGUUUCCAUGGGAACGUAAUUAAAGUGUUAUCUCUCAUUUAAAAAGCAUUAAACAGUCUCAAUACCUCUUACCUGUGUAUAACUUUAUGUAACCAUGAAAGGUUAACAAAAUCUCCUUUAAACAGGAGUGUAUUGGCAACAAAUAGCAGCAAAUAGGACACAGGUUAUAAAACAUGUAAUUUAUAAUAAAUUACAUGAAAUCUAUCUGUUUAAUCAUUUUACCUGCUGCACUUUUAGUUUGUGUUAUAUGCUCUUUAUCAUAUGUUUUAUUUAUUUCUAUAUUUGUUGCACGUCCAGAUCCCAUGUUGGAUUUGAUCUCUGCCUUUUCUUCUGUGUUACAUGUAGGUUGUGUUAAUGACAGAAUAAAACCAAACCGAACUUAAAGCUCCAUAUGUCACCCAUUCAUUGUAGCUGUUCACAUGUAAAACGAGAAAACAAUGAAUUGAUCAACUAUUUUAAUAACUGAUUUAAUUUCAUGCACAUUUCCAGCAUCUUAAAUGUGAGGAUGUGAUGCUUUAGUAAACUGAAUAUCUUUGGCUUUCGGUCUGUUGGUUGCAAAUCAAGACAUUUUGUAUCGCAAUCCUUAAUUUUUGCGUGCUGCUAUUUAUUGAAAACUGUUUUGGAAAACAGUACCCACAUUGAUUUGUCCCACUUCAUAUUAUUGCAUGGCACAGCUUUCUUGACCGCCCCUUGCUGCCCUGACAUCCAUGAAGCCAUACUGCUGGGCAUAACACCCAACACAACAAUAAUACCGUUUGGAUUCAUUUAUUGUGUUUUAAAAGAGCACAUGUAAUUUAAUAACUAACUUUAUCUCUCAUGCGAGCUGUCUGAGGCCCAGCACCCAGUAACCUCUCGUCUAGUUUUGAAACUUGGUUAAAGUCUUUGAGACUCGAGUGUACAUCUUGUUCCAGUCCAGUGAGUGUGGGCCUGUCCAUCUGCAUGGUCUCACCUCCUAGCACAAACGUCACAACAGAAGAAGAGACGUCCCCCUCACCCCACCAGACCCUCGGCCUGCCAACUAUAGUGCUAUUAUAGUUCAAGCAAAGGCUAAUUGUUGGUCACUUACAAAGGAUUGCACAGUCUAAGUCUUUGGACGGUAAUGCUGUCUCUUUCUACUAAGAGAAGAUGGCACUGGUUGUGGUUGGUGCACUCCUGUCCCUGUCCUGCUGGGUCUCUCUCUACUUUAUCUUGUGCAACAUUAACCGGUCCAGGAGCUACGAGUGGAACUGUCGCCUCGUCACCCUGGUACAUGGCAUCCUGGCAAUCUGCACCACAGCAUACAUAGGCUAUGUGGAUGGACCCUGGCCUUUCACUUAUCCAGGUACUAAGAACACCCCUCUGCAGAUAAGUGCCAUGGUGCUCAGCCUGGGCUACUUCAUUUUUGAUAUGGCCUGGUGUGUGUACUUCCGCACAGAGGGACCCGUUAUGCUGGCCCACCACACAAUGAGCAUCCUGGGAAUCCUGUUGACCCUGUGGUUGGGGGAGUCUGGCAUCGAGGGCUGUGCUGUCCUCUUUGGCAGUGAAAUCACCAACCCCCUCCUGCAGGCACGCUGGUUCCUCAAACAGACAGGACAUUACGGGACAUGGCUGGGGAACGUUGUGGACAUCUUGUUUGUGCUGCUGUUUGUGGUGAUGCGAAUCUUUGUAGGAGGCACAAUGCUGUACUGUGAGCUGAUCUCCCCAAGACCCAGAUUCUUUAUCAAGUGUGGGGGAGUGGCCAUGUACGCUCUAUCCUGGGUGUUUAUGGUGGACAUUGUUCGAUUUGCCAUUCGGAAGAGCAAGAGCUGGCACAAGCCGCAGAGAGACCAACAAGAGACAGUGGCAGCUAAUGGCCAUGAAGGGAAGAAGGACUAAUCGGCUUGUAUCGCUCGAAAGGAAAUCAGUUCACAAUUUCACUUUGGACGUGCAAGGGAAAGUGCAACAAAAAUCAUUAGUUAAACUGAGAAAAAAGAAAGGUAUUUCAAACUCAUAGUUUGCUAUGUCAAGAAGCAUCUGUCUGUAACGUCCAGCACAUGUGCAUUUUUAAAAAACUCUUUUUUUUUUUUUAUGCAGUUAUUGCAGCUGAACACAUUUGUGUAAAAUGUGCAGCUAACAAACAACACAGAUGUAGUUUAUGUCACUAAAAACCAAAGCACUUUGUAUAAAUACAUGAACAGAUGUUGCUUUCAGUUGCAGUGAACUAUGGCCUAGUCAUAUGUGGUGGUGGUGGUUGUUGCUUUGAAGGAAAGCUCAAUGUUAGGAAAUAAACUGUUUACAUGUCAUGCCCUAGGUACUUGUGAAACAUUUUAGUUAUUAAAAAAGUUAGGAUUGGUUUUCCUUGUAAUCCUGUGGGUUUUUUUGGCGCAUGUAAAACUUGCAGAUGUGAAAGGUAUACUCAGGGAGAUGAAGUCAUAACAGAAAGUCAGGGUGAAUUCCAGAGAAAUGUGUGUGAUGUGUUUGAUUACUUUGUUUAUAGUAAUUCCUGAUAAAAACAUUUAUCAUUUAUUAUACUGUGUCAUGUGAAGGGAUUCAUGGGAAAGAACCUCUCAAUUACGUAGUUCUACACUGGUAAUGCUAUUUGGAUACUUAUGUAAACUAUAAAUGUCAUCAGAUGUUUGGUGUCAGAAUUUGUACUUUAUUUAGUAUUUUAAGUUGGCUGUGUGAACGUAGACCUGCAUGACUUACUUUAAUCUUUUUGACAAAAGUCAGACAAAAGAUCUGUACGCUGUACUGAUAGCUCCGACUUCAUUGAAUUUAACAGUCAUUUUACAGUCUCACAGAGAUCUUGUCAAGCAAGACUUGACAAUUGAAUGUAGUUUAUUGUGAGCUAUCUGUACAGUGUUCUGCUCCUUUGUCUGACUUCUGUUUCCUUUUUUUUAUCCAGAACCUUUAAACAUUUUUCAGAUGUAUGUUCUCUACACUCUGUUUGCCUGAAUCUUUGAGACGAACAUACCGUCAGGACCAAUCAGGUAGUCUCUGACUUGACUUGCAAUCAUGCAUGCAACCUCAACCCUUUUGUUUCUCUCCCCUAAAGUUUUAGAUAUCUCCAUUAAAUCUUUACACAAGUCAGCUACACACACACACACAACUAGGGCUGGGCAAUAGUUAUCAUUGAUCAGUUUUCAGUGGAAUCAUCAUGGCGAGAUGAUAUCCUCAUAUCACGUUGUUGUUUUAAAAAGUUGUCCACUGUAAUAAUUCCAAACAUACUAACAUACAAAAAUAGCUAUUUAAGUUUAAGUUAAGUGUGAGGUGUUCUGUAUGAGUUGUAGUAAUUUAUGUGUGAUUUUUGCCUACAUUUGCCACAAGGUGAUUAGAAAAAUAUUCAUCUUAAUAUUACGAUAUUGAUUUAAACCCUUUUGGCCAGACGCAACGCACAAGUGCAUCAUGGGAUGAAGGCCGGUAACUUGAUAUGUGUGGAAAAUAUUACGAUUUUGCCCCCUCCGUGACUGGAUUUGUUUCUCGUAAAGAAAGUUACCAAACUACCAGCUCUCAUCUUUGUGCUGAGACUAUAUAUAUCAGAGUUCUUAUUAUUAUGACCACAUCCUGUUUGUUGUUUUAGUGCACAUGGGUCUCCACAGUAGUGUGCUAAAACACUUUUCAUUCCUUUGUUUUCCCAUUUAUAUUUGAUUUAAUGUGUUGCUCUCAUAGGUCUGUUUACAUGGCUGCCACUGUUAAGAAUCAUGUGAGCAUCACCAUUAUAUCCAAGACAGUAAAACUCUAACUUGAGUGUGCCUUAGUUAUCUGAAUGUACUUCCCUAAUUUUUUGUUUGGUCUUUAUGUUGUGAUGUACUGUAAACCCUCCAACGUAAGCGUAGGAGUAAUUAAGAACCAUUUUCAGUUUGGGGUUUUAUGAUUCGCCUUUUGUAAUCCCUGCGUGAAGUGAAAUAAAGAUGCGAUAGACUGUU